GACAAGCCGGACGCCCUCUUCGAUUUUGCUCUCUGCUUUCUCGCCGACGUCUGACAUCUCAGCUGCCUAAACCCCUCUCUCUACGCCUCUUGUCUUCCGCGGCACCGCCGCGGCCGCCGCUCCUUCCUAUACUCUCCUCCACCCAAGUCAUCUUUCUCUACCUUCGCUUCGUUCUUGGACUGGUUCGUCUAGUCUUCUUCGUCUUCGAUUUACCUUAAUUAGAUACUUAUCUCUUGAAAUGGGUUGGAAAGCUGCUGAGAAACUUAUUAGGCACUGGAAGGUUCUUAGAGGGGACAAUGUAAUGAUUAUUAGGGGAAAAGACAAGGGUGAGACUGGAGUUAUUAAACGUGUAAUCCGCUCUCAGAAUCGUGUUAUCAUUGAGGGAAAAAAUCUGGUAAAGAAACACAUUAAACAAGGACAAGGUCAUGAAGGGGGGAUCUUUACCGUUGAAGCCCCGAUUCAUGCCUCAAAUGUGCAAGUUGUUGAUCCAGUGACAGGGAAGCCUUGCAAAGUUGGAAUUAGAUAUCUUGAAGAUGGUACUAAAGUCAGAGUGUCCAGAGGUAUGGGAGCAUCUGGCUCCAUAAUCCCCCGGCCCGAGAUCUUAAAGAUAAGAACUACCCCAAGACCUACAGUCGCUGGUCCCAAAGAUACUCCGAUGGACCUUGUGCUGGAGAAGACUUACGAUGCCAAAACAGGGAGAGGCAUGCCUGACCUUUAAAGAGAUUAUGCAUUUUACUGUGGCAGUGAUUGGCAAAUUGCUUUUGAAUAGUUAUGGUCAUAGAAAUGGACCGUUGUUGCUCCACUUCCGUGCUUUAGGUCUAGUACCUCAUCACCCCCGUCAUGCCAAGGAAGUUCCUGUUUCAAAUGCGACUUUAAAGGUUAGCAAAUAGUUAAAUCGAUUAAUGAAUGAUUCUUCAGCUUCCCAGGUGGAAUGAGGUCUAUUUAAUUGAUGGCAACUUCUUUUGUUUUUUUUUGUUUUUGAGCAAAAUUGAUGGCACCUUCAGAAGGUCAUUUUCCUUCAUAAAAUAUUGAAGCUGCUGGACUAUGCUUUCAUAAUCCAUGUUUGAAGAUGGAUUUUUCUUGCUAUUA